AUGUUUAUGGUCAAUUCUAAAUCACUGCCAGGAUCACAGGCUCUUGAUAUAAAUGAGGUAAUUGUAUUAUUAUUCUUAAUAAUUAUUAUAUGUAUUAUAUUAUGUUAGCUGUUAUUAAUAAACCCUUUAAAUGUUUUUCAGGUAAAUACGUCAAGGCCUCAUGCGAGGCUCCUGGGCAAGAUCCCCAAUGUGAACCCUGUGUUUUGGAAACAUACCUUGCUUAUCCUAACUACGUAUAUGAAUGUAGAAUGUGUAGACAUUGUGACAAAGGUAUAAAAAGACAUUACAUUAAAAAUGCACAAUUAGUAGGUUAAAUUCAAGGGUAAUGGGUCCAUUGGAAUCAUAAGGUUUGUUCACCAGUAUUUGAACACGAGGAAGGAUAUAAAUGAUAUGGCACUUGAACAAAAUGCAAUACCUGCCCUGUUGUCACUUUGGAAAAAUAAGUAAUCUCAAAGACAAAUUGGAAUGGACUGUUGGGAGGGGAGCAAGUGUAUACUUGGGCAAAAUAUAACAAAUAUUGUUUAAAUAUUGUGGUACCUUGCAAAAACCAGGACCAGUUUGUCUUAUGGGAAAUCUAAGCGAGCAAUCUUCUAAUGAGACAGUAAGUAUCAGAAAACAUCACUACGUAGGGGAACCAACAGGGGGUACAGCCAGUAACCCAUUAAGAGGCAUUGGUUACCAAUGCAUGGUACCCUGCGUGGUGCCCUGCUGUGAUAUGCAGUAAUGCUCACAAGAUAUAAAUAUCUCCUCUAACCAGGACUACGUUGUGGAAUUCUUGCACAACAUGAUACUUACUGGCCUAUACUGUCUGUGCCCUCAACACUCUUGUAAGGCAGUGUUGGGAGAAUGUGAUAUCAAAUCUCUUCCUCCCAGCCAGGGGCGGAUCCAGAACCCAAUCUUGGGAACAAUCUUAAAGGAACAAUCCAGGCACAAUAAAUUAUGGUGGUUAUGGUGUCCAGAAUGCCAUGGUGCCAUCCCAGAAUAAGUAGUUAAGCCAUUUUGAACGGUUUAACAACUUUCCUGGAGUCUGUCGGGAUAGGGCCUGUAGAAGGGGAUAGGAGCAGUAGUGUGUGAAGGGUGCAAUGUUUGUGUGUGUGUGAGGGGUGCAAUGUGUAUGUGUGUGAAGGGUGUAAUGGUUGUGUGUAGGGUGCAUUGAGGGUUGCAGUGUAUGUGAGGGGUGCAGUGUGUGUAGGGUGCUUCGAGGGGUGCAGUGUAUGUGUGUGGAAGAGUGCAGUCUGUGUGUGAGGGGGCAAUGUGUGUGUGAGGGGUGUAGUUUGUGUGUGAGGUGUGCAGUGUGUCUGAGGGGUGCAGUUUGUGUGUGUGAGGGGUGGUGUGAGUGAGAGGGGUACAGCAUGUGUGUGUGAAGGGUACAGCCACAGGUUUGGGGUGAAUGGGCUCAGUAUGAAGAGAGGUAUAUGGGUACAGUCACUGAAUUAACAGAUCUUUUAUUUAGAAAGGCAGAUUAAUAUGAUGCAAAUUCCAAUGCAAACAUAAACAAUAAGCAAAGCAAUUCCUUAAAUGAUAAAAUAAAAGUCUUUACGAAAAUUAAGUCCUUUUACCAAAGUUCCAUCACUUGGCGAACGAAAACAAACUUGAUUGAAGGCUCUAUAGAAUUUGCAGGAAAUAAAUCAAAGUAGAACGAGCCUUGCAAGGGUCAAGCCAAGUAGAAUCAGCGUUGCAGGGGUUAAUCAAAGUAGAAUCAAAGUUGCAGGUAAACAGGAAUAAAUGCACAGGUAAAGGUAAUUAACUCACUUCAGGAGCUGGCUCUGUACUUCAAGGGUGAGCACAGAACCAAGGGUGGUCUGAACUUAUAUAGGGAGAAGAGAAUGAGGGCACUCCUAUUAGGAGGGGUCUAAGGACCUAUAUAAGAGAGAAGCCUCUCUAGGUGACUGGUUGUCCAUAUACCCUAUGUGGGUGGGAGGGUGUACUGUGUCCAGGCAAGUUAUUAUGAACUCUGCAGGGUUCUGACAGCAUAAGGGAAUCCUAGGGAAGUGUGGGGGUCAUGGUACAGAUAUUGCUUGGUCCAUCUGCCGGAGAUGGACCAAGUCUGUGCUCUUUCCCCUGUAUGCCGCGACCCACUAUGUGUGCCAUGACAGGUACAGUGUGUGUGUGAGGGGUACAUUGUGUGUGUGAGGGGUGCAGCAUGUGUGUGAGGGGUGCAGCAUGUGUGUGAGGGGUACAACAUGUGUGUGAGGGGUACAACAUGUGUGAGAGUGGUACAGUGUGUGUGAGAGGGGUACAGUAUGUGUGAUGGGUACAGUGUGUGGGGCAGUGUUUGUAUGGGACAAGCAAUGUGUGUGGGGGCAGUGUGUGAGUGUGUGUGUGAAUGUGAAAGUUAUUGUGUGUGGGGAUAGGGGGGUAGAUUUAUAUAUAGUUUUGUUUUUUUAGUAAAAAUAAAUCAUCUUUAUAUCCAACCUCUCCCUUCUUACUAUGACUUCUUGCCAAUAAAUUUGAGGACAGUCAAUGGCAAUUUCUUGGGAUAUAUGUCAUUUUGAGAGGCUGAACGCUCCUAGCUGAGAGGUGUGCCCAACAAUGCAAUCUUACUAGUUUAUAGUUUAUUAAAUGGCAAAAGUUAUUGUAUGUAAAUAGGCACUUAAAGUGUUACUCCAAGCACCAUGACCACUUCAGUGAUUUUAAGUGGUCAUGGUGAUAUGAGUCUGCAGUGAAACACUGCACAUACUGAGAAUCUGCACUUGUGUGUGCACACAUGACAUAGGCAGCCUAAUGUCAAUUCUGUGCAUAAAAAACACCAGCCUUCAGCAUGCACUACAUGCUGCUGACAGGCGCAAAAAUCUUCCACCUUCAGGCAGAACGCCUGCAAGGGAAAUAUAGUGUUCACCUUCCUUCAACUUUGUGUUCCCUCCAGAGGAAAACAAAAAGACUCCUACUCCUCCUCUCUCCCUCCCUCCCUCCCUCACUGACUUAGAGCGCGCGCAUGCUCUCUGAGCCAGCAAAAUAGUGCUAUCACAGACUGUCAUAUGAGACGCAUGCCAUUGGACCGUGUGAUGCACCUGUGAUGGCCGGCUUUCUAUUCAAAGAGUAAAUCUCUCUUAUUGCAGCUUUUACGGCAAGCUGAGGGGGGACCGUAACUAUAGUGCUCAAUAGAGCAUAUUACACAGUAAAGGUCCCCCCUCAGCUUGCCGUAAAAGCUGCAAUAAGAGAGAUUUACUCUUUGAAUAGAACACCGGCCAUCACAGGUGCAUCACACGGUCCAAUGGCAUUGUUCUGUAUUUACAGAUGAAAAUGAAGGAAAGGGACCUCAGUUGAGAAAAAGGAUAAAUGAGUCAUUUAUUACACGUGAGUUUACAGAGGAAGAGGUUCUAUUUCAAUUGUCAAAAGUAAAGACAAAUAAGUCAAUGGGACCUGAUGGAAUACACCCAAAGCUAUUAAAAGAGCUUAGUGGUGUACUAGCAAAACCAUUAACAGAUUUAUUUAACCAAUCAUUGUUAACAGGAGUAGUCCCAGAAGAUUGGAAGUUAGCGAAUGUUGUGCCCAUUUACAAGAAAGGUAAUAGGGAGGAGUCGGGCAACUAUAGGCCAAUAAGCCUUACUUCAGUAGUGGGGAAAGUGAUGGAAACCAUGUUAAAGGAUAGGAUUGAUGAACAUCUAAAAACACAUGGAUUUCAAGAUCAGAGACAACAUGGGUUUACUUCAGGGAGAUCAUGCCAAACUAAUCUUAUUGAUUUUUUUGAUUGGGUAACUAAAAUUAUAGAUCAGGGUGGUGCAGUAGACAUUGCUUACCUAGAUUUCAGUAAGGCUUUUGACACUGUUGCACAUAGAAGGCUUAUCAAUAAACUGCAAUCUUUAAGUUUGGAUUCCAAUAUUGUUGAAUGGGUAAGGCAGUGGCUGAGUGACAGGCAACAGAGGGUUGUAGUUAAUGGAAUAUAUUCGAAGCUUGGACUUGUCACCAGUGGGGUACCUCAGGGAUCUGUACUUGGACCCAUUCUCUUUAAUAUUUUUAUUAGUGAUAUUGCAGAAGGUCUUGAUGGUAAGGUAUGUCUUUUUGCUGAUGAUACUAAGAUAUGUAACAGGGUUGAUGUUCCAGGAGGGAUAAGCCAAAUGACAAAUGAUUUAGGUAAACUAGAAAAAUGGUCAGAAUUGUGGCAACUGACAUUUAAUGUGGAUAAGUGCAAGAUAAUGCAUCUUGGACGUAAAAACCCAAGGGCAGAGUACAGAAUAUUUGAUAGAGUCCUAACCUCAACAUAUGAGGAAAGGGAUUUAGGGGUGAUUAUUUCUGAUGACUUAAAGGUAGGCAGACAAUGUAAUAGAGCAGCAGGAAAUGCUAGCAGAAUGCUUGGUUGUAUAGGGAGAGGUAUUAGCAGUAGAAAGAGGGAAGUGCUCAUGCCAUUGUACAGAACACUGGUGAGACCUCACUUGGAGUAUUGUACACAGUACUGGAGACCGUAUCUUCAGAAGGAUAUUGAUACCUUAGAGAGGGUUCAGAGAAGGGCUACUAAACUGGUUCAUGGAUUGCGGGAUAAAACUUACCAGGAAAGGUUAAAGGAUCUUAACAUGUAUAGCUUGGAGGAAAGACGAGACAGGGGGGAUAUGAUAGAAACAUUUAAAUAUAUAAAGGGAAUCAACACAGUAAAGGAGGAGACUAUAUUUAAAAGAAGAAAAACUACCACAACAUGAGGACAUAGUCUUAAAUUAGAGGGACAAAGGUUUAAAAAUAAUAUCAGGAAGUAUUACUGGAUGCAUGGAAUAGCCUUCCAACUGAAGUGGUAGAGGUUAACACAGUAAAGGAGUUUAAGCAUGCGUGGGAUAAGCAUAAGGCUAUCCUAACUAUAAGAUAAGACCCCCCCUGAUGAGCCUAACUAUAAGAUAAGACCCCCCCCCUUGCCUUGCAAAAGGCUACCACAAUGUCAAUGUACCCCAUCUUUGGCAGGUCCUAAUCUAACAGCCUAAUGUCUGCUCUUAUGAGAUUAACCCACUUACUUGGGGGUGGAAAUGUCAUCUGGGGCUCUCUGCAGUACAAGGCUAAAUAGGGCCCUGGGAUGAGGCACCUGUGACAGGGAGGAGUGCAAAACCAAAGAGUGAAACUCUUUUCACUCUUCCCUAAAUUGACCAUUUCAAUUGCAAUGUUUUUAAUACAUUAAGGCACAAUGGAAGUUACCCACAAAUGAGCAGACUGUUUAAUCGUUCAUUAAAACUGUUGCUCUUUUCUGUGCAAUAUAGAAUUGAGCAUUGAUAAACAAGAUUUAUCUGUUUUUUAUUUUAUUUAGCAUAGAUGUAUUUAUUUUAAUUUAAAUAUACUUGUAUUAUUACAUUAUGUUUUUGCUUUCCUUGCAGGUACAGAGGUGUUACAGAGUAAAUGCUCAGCCACUAGUGACACAGUUUGCGUUUGUAAAGAGGGAAGAUAUCGAGAUGAAGCGAAACUCUGCCGACUGUGCACGAACUGCAGGAACAGAGCCAUAA